GGCAAAACCUCCCACACUUCUAACACAUAUGGGGGAUUCCUAACUGGAUUGCUGAUUAAAAGACAGAAAUGAGGACAUUUGACAAUCCACUGUUUGUGUUGCUGUUUUUAAAAAUUGCCUUGCAACUUUCAAGUCAAACAGACACCAGCUACUUCCUUAUCUACAAUGAGGACCACAACAGAUGUGUGAAUGCUGUGAGUGCAACUGUCCUGCAGACUGCACCAUGUGAUAUAUCUUCUGAGGGUCAACGCUUUCGAUGGGUUUCCUCUUCCCAAAUUAUCAGCCUCUCUUUUAAACUCUGUUUGGGGGCUCAAAACAUCAAGGACUGGGUCAAAAUCAUCCUUGUUCCCUGCAAUGCACUUAGUCCCUUGCAAACUUGGGAAUGUAAGAAUGAGACAUUGUUUGGUUUAAAGGGUCAGCCACUGCAUAUGAACUAUGGAAAUCGAAAUGAGCAAAAUAUGAUGUUGUACAAGGGAUCAGGUAUAUGGAGUCGCUGGCAGGUGUAUGGGACCAAAGACGAUUUAUGUUCUCAUGGAAAUCAAGAGAUCUAUACAAUAGGUGGAAAUUCAUUUGGGAAACCAUGUCAGUUCCCAUUUAAAUUUGCUGACAAGUUGUAUGCGGAAUGUACUACGGAGGGAAGAUCAGAUGGCCAGCUUUGGUGUUCCACAGACACAGACUAUGACACAGACAAAAAGUGGGGCUUUUGUCCAACUAAAACCAGCUCUGGAUGGGACAGUGAUCCAGUGACUGGUGUAUUAUAUCAGAGGAAUGUGCAGUCAAUACUGACUUGGCAUCAGGCAAGAACAAGUUGCCAGCAACAAGAAGCUGAUCUUCUCAGCAUAACCGAACUGCAUGAGCAGAGUUACAUAUCAGGACUGACAAAUACCUUUGGCUCCGCACUAUGGAUUGGACUUAACAGUCUUGACUUUGAGAGUGGCUGGCAGUGGAGUAAUGGAAAUCCAUUCAGAUACCUAAACUGGGCCCCUGGUCACCCCUCUCUGGAACCAGGACUAACAUGUGCAGCAUUAAAUGCUGGUAAAGCCUCAAAGUGGGAAAGCAUGGCCUGCAAUAAGAAACUAGGCUACAUCUGUCGCAAAGGCAAUUCAACAGAUAACACACCUCCACCAGGUAAAGAUCAGCCCAACUUCUGUCCUGCUGCAUGGGUGCCAUAUGCUGGUAAUUGCUAUUAUCUGCAGCGCACCAAGAAAAUGUGGAAUGAUGCAUUAGCAGCAUGUCACAGGGAAGGAGCAAACUUGGCCAGUAUACACAACAUAGAAGAGCACAGUUUCAUUAUAUCACAGAGUGGAUACUUGCCUACAGAUGAACUUUGGAUUGGGCUUAAUGAUCAGAAGACUCAGAAUCUGUUUGAAUGGUCAGACAGAACUCAUGUCACUUUUACGACGUGGCUAGUAGGAGAACCUUCACAUUUCAUAAAUCGCUUGGAGGAUUGUGUCCUCAUCAAGGGAAAGGAUGGUAAAUGGGCAGACCAUGCAUGUGAAAUGGAGCGUGGUUACAUCUGCAAAAAGAAAUCAUCUAGCAAGCCUGAAGGUGCCCCAGAGGUUGUCAGUCUUGGAUGUCAAGCUGGCUGGGUUAGAUAUGGCUCAUACUGCUAUAUGAGUGCCAUUGAAAGCAAGACCUUUAAUGAAGCCAAACAGAUUUGUGAGCAGACAGGAGCCAAUUUGGUUGAUGUUGCCAGCAGGUAUGAGAAUGCUUUUCUCAUUAGCUUGGUGGGUCUUAGGCCUGAGAAAUAUUUUUGGAUUGGUCUCAGUAAUACUGAAAGUCCAGAGAGCUUUCGGUGGAGUAACAGCGAUAAAGUCAAAUUUACACACUUCAAUGUGGGCAUGCCAGAAAAACACAGAGGAUGUGUGGCCAUGUUAACAGGAACUUCAGCUGGGUUAUGGGAUGUGCUGGAUUGUAACAGUAAACAGAAGUACAUCUGUAAAAAAAUGGCAGAGGGUGUUACUACAACGCAAAUUCCCCCAACUACCCAGCCUCUCAGCUGUCCAGUUGGUUGGACUAAAAAAGAUCCACGCAACUGUAUUCAGAUCUAUUCAAGGCCAAAGGAGCAGAAGAAGACUUGGUUUGAGGCUCGGGAUUACUGUAAAGCCAUUGGUGGUGACUUGGCAAGCUUCCAUUCUCAAAAACAAAUCAACAACUUACAGUACGGAAUGGGAGAGACAGCAUGGAUAGGUUUCAAUUUACUGAAUAUUAAUUCUGGUUUUGUGUGGACAGAUGGAACUCCUUCUGAUUUUGAGAACUGGUCAUUUGGAGAACCGAACAAUCACAACAAUCAAGAGCUCUGUACAGAAAGCAGCUUUUACUAUGGACGAAAGUGGAACGACCGUGAUUGUGAAGCCUACAAUGACUGGAUUUGCCAGAUCGCAAUCGGUACAACUCCAAAAUCUCCACCAACUACCGUAACCCAAGUGGAAUAUAACAAGACAUCUGAUGGUUGGAUUCAGUACAACGAUAGCCAGUACUUCAUCAACGAAGAGUCCCUACCUAUGGAAGAUGCUCGCUCGUUCUGCAAAAAGAAUAAUGGGGAUCUUGUUGUCAUUACUGGACAAACAGAGAGGAAGUUUGUAUGGAAGCAGAUAUCCAGGGGUUCCGAAAAUCAGUACUACAUUGGGAUGAUAGUGAAUUUGGAUAAAUCAUUUAACUGGGUGGAUGGUUCGCCUGUUGUAUAUACGUCAUGGGAUCAAAAUGAACCAAAUUUUGCCAACAACGAUGAGAACUGUGUAACCAUUUACAAGAGUAUGGGGUUCUGGAAUGAUAUAAACUGUGGUGUCCCAUUGCCAUCUAUCUGCAAAAGAAGUAGUAACUUUAUCAAUUCAACCUUGCCCUUACCUACUGUGCGACCAGGAGGCUGUUCUCCAGAAUGGACCAUUUUUCAAGGAAGCUGUUACAAGCUUUUUCAGAAUAAGAUGACAUGGCAUGAUGCUCGAAACCUCUGCAUCUCACAUGGAGGCAAUCUGGUGUCCAUUCUGACUCAUGAAGAGCAGGCAUUCCUUACUACGUUAAUGCUUGAUUCAGUUGAUGACAUAUGGAUUGGUUUUAAUGAUGUCAACUGGGAGAUGAGAUUUCUGUGGACUGAUGGUAAAGGUGUCAGCUACACAAACUGGGCCAAGGGUGUCCCCUCAUCAAUGCCAGAUGGGCCAUCCAGGAUGUAUGAAUUUGGAUCAGAGAACUAUGACUGUGUUGUCAUGCUCAGAAGCCCAGAAAAAAUGACAGGUAUGUGGAAAGUCCAAAUGUGUGGAGAUCAACAAGGUUUCAUCUGCAAGAGAAAAACAGAUACUCAGCUCAUACGUCCCGUGACUACAGCAGCACCACAGCAUUUUUUCACACUGGGAAAUGAUUCCUAUAAGGUGCAGAAGGAGAAAAUGAGUUGGGAUGAAGCUAGGAGACAGUGUAAAGCAAGUGAUGCUGAUCUUGCCAGUGUGCGGAAUUCCAUCAGCCAGGCUUACACUAUUCUUACAGUCAGCAAACUUAAGGAGCCUCUGUGGAUCGGUCUCAACAGCAACCUGACAAGUGGCCAGUACCGUUGGGUGGACAAUUGGCUUCUAAGCUAUAGUAGAUGGGCAACAGGAGAGCCCAAAAACAAUUUAGCUUGCGUGUACAUCGACACAGAUGGCAGAUGGAAGACAGCUACAUGCAACAACACAUAUUAUUCCCUUUGCAAGCAAUCCACAGACAUAGCUCCCACAGACCCACCUCAGAUGCCAGGGAACUGUCCUGAGUCAAAGAAGCGUAAAACCUGGAUCCCAUUCAGAGGACACUGCUAUGCCUUCAUGUCCAACUCUGAGAACUGGGCUCAUGCCACAGUUGAAUGUAUAAGAAUAGGAGGAUCAUUAGUGAGUAUUGAGGAUCCAAAAGAAUCUCAUUUCAUUCAACGAAAUGUGGAGCUCAUGCAGGACGGAGUCAGAUCAUUCUGGAUUGGCAUGCAUCGCAGUUAUAUGGGUGACUGGAUGUGGAUUGAUAAUGCCGUGGUAGAUUACACAAACUGGAGAACCCAGGUGACAAAUAAUGCUGGUCAUUGUGUGGAAAUCCAGUCAAGCUCUGGUUUGUGGAAUGCCGUAAACUGCAAUUCUUACAAGCCUUAUAUCUGUAAGACUGAAAAAGUUGUACCACCAACAAAGAAGCCAUUAGUUCCACUGGCUGUGGUGGACGCAGGCCCUCAUAGCUCCGCUGGCAUUGUAGUGGGAGUUGUCUUGGUCAUAAUUGCAGUGGCUGGACUUGCCACAUUUUUGUUUUUAAAGAGAAUUCCUAGGCCUGCGAUUGGAGAGUGUACAUUUGACAACAGACUCUAUAUCAAUUCUGACCUGACACAGUCUCCUACCACUAUUGAUACAAAGGGGCUCGUUGCCAACAUCGAACAGAAUGAACAUGCCUAACACAAGCAAACCCACUUUCACAUAAAGAUUCACACAUAUCUACAUGCACACACCUUGGAAGAAAGAGAGGUGAAAAAUCUUUCAAAUGUGUAUAUAAUAUUAAGAAUAUGGCCCAGAAGCACAAUCUACUGUAUUAAUGAUUAUUAACAACAUGUUGGGUUCCUGAAGGUCAAAAAAUGUAUAUAAACAAUCAGAAAAGCAUUAUUUUUAGCAGAAUGCAGUAAGUUUUUGACUUAAUGAAGCAUCCACCUUUUUGGGAAUAGCCAAAUAGACUGCUGGUAUUCUAUCACAUAAAUUGAAUUUUGUUCAGAAAGUUCAAACUGUUGUUUAUGUUUCUACAAAUUUAGUUGUAUUUUGCUUUUACAUCUUCCUUGAGCUUAACUUUUAAAGUCAGCAGCAAACUGGACAUGAGGUGGCAGCACAAGUUUAACAGCUAAUAACGCACAUCAUAGAUAUGUAAAGCAGCAAUUUAAAACAUUUGUUUUACUCACUACAGAGCGUAUAUAAACUCUGGGAAUGGACAGCGUGGGAUUAUGUAUAUUAUGCAUUUGGCCUGUAUGUAGCACUCAAUUGCUGUUUAUAAUCAAAAUGCAUUUGCCACAAAUCAUUGUUAAUGUAAAUAUGCACUUCACACCAGGUUAAAAAUAGCUAUCAUUUAGAGAUAGAUAUAUUUUUUCCAAUAAUGCUUUGACUUUUUGUGUUUUUUCAAUACAUACAUAUAGGGAAUUAUUACUUUAAAUUUCUUUUUGCAUAAAUAUACAUUAUGAGCUUUUAAAAAGCAAUUGCAAGUGUUUUCAUUAAAAUACACCUAUUAAAUGCAAUCUACAAAUUCUUCAAUAUCAUUAAAUAUGAAGUGUGUACAUAA